GCGGCACUGAGCUGCGCGGCCGCGGCGCUGAUUCCCGCGGCUGACGUGAAGGUGGAGGUGCUGCAGAAGCCGUUCAUCUGCCACAGGAGGACUAAGUGGGGGGACAUGAUGCUGGUUCACUACGAGGGCUACUUGGAGAGGGAUGGCUCCAUGUUUCACUCCACUCACAAGCAUAACAAUGGUCAACCUAUGUGGUUUACACUUGGCAUAAGGGAAGCUAUCAAAGGCUGGGACAAAGGUUUGAAGGACAUGUGUGUGGGAGAGAAGCGGAAGCUAACUAUUCCACCAGCCCUUGCUUAUGGGAAAGAAGGGAAAGGAAAAAUUCCACCUGAGAGUACAUUGAUUUUCAACAUUGACCUUCUAGAAAUUAGGAAUGGACCAAGGUCUCAUGAGUCAUUCCAAGAGAUGGAUCUUAAUGAUGACUGGAAAUUAUCCAAGCAAGAGGUGAAAAUUUACUUGAAGAAAGAAUUUGAAAAGCAUGGAGCAGUGGUAAACGACACCCAGCAUGAUGCUUUGGUUGAAGACAUCUUUGAUAAAGAAGAUGAAGACAGUGAUGGGUUUAUAUCUGCAAGGGAAUUUACGUACAAGCAUGAUGAGCUGUAGAAAAGGGUGGCAUAAUUUUUUUGACACAAAUGGCAGUUACUUAGACUGUCUGAUUCUCUUGUCUUAAUUCUGUGUUUUGGAGUUGACAGCUGCUGUUGGCAAAGAAACGCUCUUUGUUUAUAUAAAAGAAUUUCUGUUCAUUAUGUACGAAUGUUUUAAGCUAUUUUAAAGUGUGAAAAUGUACCUCCUUUUAUGCAGCAGACUUGCACAUCAGUGUUUUUAAAAUUUUGUAUUAACUUAUUUUUCAGAAAUGAAACAAACUGUCCAGUUAACAAACAUUGUGAAAAUCAAAAUCCAGUUCAGUGCCUUCCUGUGAUUUGUUUGUGUGUUAAGAUCACUUUCAGUGACUCCUUUAUGUGUAACUUCUAGUCUG